UGUCUGGUCUUGUUGUUGUCACAUGCUACAAUUCAAUUCAGAUUCAGCAAUUUCUUUUUUCCUUCCUGUCCUUUUUACAAGAAACAAGGAAGAGGAACGGACGUAACGAGACAGCUUGUAUUAUUUUUAUAACAAGAAACAUGGCUGAGGGUGGAAACAGCUUUCAGUUGGGAGAGCAUACUCUCAGUGUACCUGUUUCUCUUCAUGCAAAGAACAGAGAUCGCCUUUGUGAAAGACUGAAGAAUGUCAAAGGAUAUGAAAAGGGAUCAGUUGUUAUUCUGGAAGGUGGUCAAAGCAAGACAAGAUAUAGCAGUGAUACUGAAAUUAUAUUUAGACAGGAAUCAUACUUUCAUUGGAUGUUUGGUGUUAAAGAACCAGACUUUUUUGGUGCUCUUGAUGUAGACAGUGGAAAAUCUAUGUUGUUUAUACCCAGACUACCUGAAGAAUAUGUUGUAUGGAUGGGGAGGAUUCAUCCAAGGGAGCAUUUCAAGAAAUUGUAUGAAGUUGAUGAGGUGUAUUAUACUGAUGAGAUUGCAACAAUUUUGGAAAAUAAGAAACCAGCUCAGCUUUUGACUUUGCGUGGGCAAAACACAGACAGUGGACUAAUUACAAAAGAGGCAGCUUUUGAUGGAAUAAGCAACUUCAAAGUUGACAAUACUCUGCUCUUUCCUGAAAUAACAGAAUGUCGUGUAAUAAAGACUCCUGAAGAGUUACGUGUUCUUCGAUACACCAACAAGAUAAGCAGUGAAGCACAUCGAGAGGUAAUGAAGCGAAUAAGGCCAGGAAUGAAAGAGUACCAGCUGGAAAGCAUUUUCUACCAUUACGUGUAUGCAAGGGGAGGAUGUCGCCAUCUUUCUUACACCUGCAUCGCUGCUAGCGGAGAGAAUGGCGCCACCUUGCACUAUGGUCAUGCUGGUGCACCCAAUGACAAGACUGUAAACGAUGGUGACAUAUGUCUGUUUGAUAUGGGUGGCGAAUACUACUGUCAUGCAUCAGACAUCACAUGCUCCUUCCCAGUAAACGGCAAAUUCACUGACAAGCAAAAAAUUAUAUAUGAGGCAGUUUUGAAGUCAAGCAGAGCAGUUAUGGCCGCUGUCAAACCAGGAGUAUCUUGGGUAGACAUGCACUUACUGGCAGACAGAGUGCAAUUGGAAGAACUGAAGCGCCAUGGUCUUCUGCAAGGUGACAUUGACGCAAUGAUGGAAGCUCGACUGGGAGCUAUUUUCAUGCCACAUGGCCUAGGGCAUUUUAUGGGCUUGGAUGUUCAUGAUGUUGGUGGCUACCCAGAGGGAGUCGAAAGAAGCACCAAGCCAGGACUGAGGAGCUUAAGAACAGCUAGAACGAUGCAAGCCGGAAUGGUGCUCACCAUCGAACCAGGAAUUUACUUCAUUGAUGCAGUAUUGGAAAAGGCAAUGAAUGAUGCUGCUUUGUCAAGUUUCUUAGUAAGAGAAAAAAUCGAGCAGUUCAAGGGAUUUGGAGGGGUGCGAAUUGAAGAUGACAUCAUCAUCACAGAAGAUGGCAUGGAAUUGAUGACAGACGUGCCUCGUACAGUCGAAGAAAUUGAAAGCCACAUGGCUACUGGUGGUGACUUGAAGCCUGUCAUUUAAAGAACGGAUUGCAAUACCUAGUGGAUGACUGGCAUUUUGUGUUGCCUUGCAAAUUGCUGCUGAUAAUGCAUUGAUAAUUAUCUUAAAUUCAAAUCUGAUUUUCUAUUAUUCAGUAUUCAGAGUUAAUAUAAAUUAUGUAGAUGCAAUCAUCAGAAUUGAAUCAUUAGAUAGUUGGGGAAAAUGUCGAGUAUUCACCGAACUAAAAGUGGAAAAGACCGAAACCAAUCCCCUGGCAAUAGAUUUCGUAGUAGUAUCAGCAAAGGCCUUCAACUGUGCGCAACUAAACCCAGGUGAUUAGUGAAUCAAUGUUUACGAACUAUGUUAUGGAAUAUUCCAGCAAUUUACUUUUGAAGUGGAUUUAACGACUUAGAAGAAAGGAUUCCAAAAAGUGGCUGGCAGAUUCGUAGAACCUGUCUUGUUUUAGCGAGAAACCAAAAAAGCAUGGCCACCGUAUUGUUAUUGUCAGGUUUUUCCUUGAUGAUGUCUUACCAAACAUUUGUAACUUUUUCCUAAAAUGUUGAUGUUAUUUAGAUCUGUUUCUAUAGGUGGGUAAUGAUUGGAAAAAUUUUAUUUUGUUGCUGA